AUGCGUUUCAACGUUCUCUCGAUUAUUCUCUUUGCAGUCUCCUGCGUGGCUCUCACUGUCACAUCGCCCAAGACCGGGGCCAAGGUUGAUUUGAGCAAGGAGUACGAGAUCAAGUGGAAGUCCGUCCAGUCGGACCCAACCAAGUUCAGCAUCGACCUGGUCAACAUGAACGGCUCCAGCGCCAACAAGGAGAUUGCCAAAGAUAUCGACGCCUCCCAGGGCUCCGUUAAAAUCGACCCCGUUUGGGGUAUUCCGAAGGACGCCGGCUACCAGCUCAACUUCAUCUCUCGAGACAAGAUGAACACCGGCAUUCUCGCCCAGUCGCAGGAAUUUGAGGUCACCAAGGUUGCUGAUAAGCCCAAGAACACUACCAGCACCAAAUCUACUUCCCGCCCCUGCAUCAAACAUCAAACACUUUCCAGCUCUACUAUACCAUCAUCUAGCACCAUUCCCGCCUGCUCUGCAGCACCGAAAACGACCACUACCUCUAGCUCUUCGAGUCCCACCGAGUCCACUGCUGCGCCCACCAACUCCACCGCCGGUGCCUCUUCCCUCGCGAUUCCGGCGACUUUCGGCUCUCUCAUGGUGAGUAUCUUCGCACUUGUGCUCUAA